AGACUCGAUCGACGCCUUUUUCGAGACUUUAUCCAAGCCCCAAUUGUUCAUCUUGCCACCAUACUAUUCGACCUCUGAAACAAAACCUAACUGCGCGAUCUGCCAUCAUGCCUAUGAAUAUUGAUGUCACUCGGCGCAACAAGGUGCCUCGUCCUCUGAGUGACGAAGAACGAGCACGGCUUGAGGAAUACAUCGACUUGAUCCACUACUCUGCCCGUUACUCGGACAGCGAAUACGAAUACCGUCACGUUCAGCUACCAAAGGCCAUGCUUAAGGCUAUCCCCAAAGACUAUCAUGAUUAUUCCAAGGGCACACUUAAGCUUCUAUGGGAGGACGAAUGGCGCGCGAUCGGCAUCACUCAGAGUUUAGGAUGGGAGCACUACGAAGUCCAUGAACCAGAGCCGCAUAUCCUAUUAUUCAAGCGACCUCUCAACUACCAGGCACCUCAACAGUGAUCCACAGGCAAACCUGGACAAACCUA